AAUUGAGUUGAGUUUAGUGUUUGAGCGCAUUGUAUGCAUAAAUCCGUUGAUAUAUUUAAAUGGAUUUAAAGUUUAAAUGUUUUGUGAUUUUAAUAAAUUGUUUGUUUAGUUGACAUCAUUUUAAUUAUGUCUUCAUUAAGUGGAUCUCCAAAACAAACCAAAACAAAAACAAAGACUAAAACCAAACGUAUGGCUAAAUGUAAGAAAAAUAUUAAAUUAUCGCAAAAAUGUCACACAAAUGGUGUCAUCAAUGGUGUCAUCAAUGGUGUCAUCAAUGGUGACGAUAACUGCGAGUCUAAAGACAUGAGCGAUAAGAAAGCAGUGACCAAAUCAUUUCAAACAUCAAAGAAGACUACUUUAAGGAAUAGUAGGACUCAGUCGGACAACCAUUUGAUUACUGAUUAUUACCCGACUCUGUCCUCGACUCGUAAACGUCUUACCACUCGAGCGCUGGAAAUGGAAAGAGAAAAACUAAUCAAAUAUUAUUUGAUCGCUAAGUCUGAUCCCAAAGAUAUAUUAGCUGUUGAAGAGUUUGGUAAUAAAGGCAAAGGAGUUGUUGCCCUCAAAGAUAUAAUGAAAGGUUCAUUCAUUUGUGAAUAUAGUGGCGAUUUGGUGGACAUAGAGAAGGCACAGUGCAAAGAAGUGUCUUAUGCUCUGUUAGGCGCCGGUUGUUAUAUGUAUUACUUUAAUUGGAAUCACAAGACGUGGUGUAUCGAUGCCACCAAACCUACCGGACGUUUCGGUCGACUUAUAAAUCAUAGCCGAAAGUCACCAAAUUGUAAAACAAAGUUAGUUGAGUCCAAUGGUAAACCACAUCUUGUGUUUAUUGCUUUGAAAGAUAUCAAGAAAAAUGAAGAGAUUCUCUAUGAUUACGGAGAAACAGAUAAAAAUGCUAUUCGAGAGCAUCCGUGGCUCACAUCUACUUAACCAUUCAUUUAGACAACUGUUUUAAUAUCACAUCAUCUCAUUUAUACAACUAUUCGUCCAUUUAUAGACUUGUUUUAUAAUAUUUAUUAACAGUUUUUAUAUUUUCAGACAUAACUAUUUUUUGUGACAAUUGAAUGGAAGAAUUGAUUUGAUAGCUAU